AAAUUCAAUAGCCAUGGAUAAUUUGCCAGAAUUAUUUUCAUCGUUGAAUCUUUAUGAUAAUAACAACCAAGUAAAUCAAGUGGUCGAAGCAAAAUGUAUGCAAAUGUGUCCACCUAAAGAAAUGUCAUUUCGAGAGCGAAACGGUCUGCUACAUAGAAUGGAAUUGAUUAAUCCAAACGAAUGGUCAUUGUAUCAACUUCGCUUUCGUGGGAAAGAUGGGCACAACAAUUCUUUUGCUCAUCGAAAAUUUACCGAUGCUCAGAAAUCAGUGAAACAAUAUCAACGUUCAAGUGCAGGAAAAGAAACUGUCAUACCGGAAAACAUCCGUCCUACUUCUGUUCUCAAAAAAACUAUUGAUUAUCUUAUCGACGAUUGUUUUGAUACGCAAUUCAUCAAUUAUCGUGAUAAUGGAUUUAGCCUUAUGGAAUCGUUUGGUGUUUAUUAUGAUUUCGUUUUCGAUAGACUGAGAUCGGUUCGUCAAGAUAUGACCAUUCAGCGAGCUUUGGAUUCCAAUUGUCUUUACAUAUUGGAACGUUGUAUUGAAUUUUAUAUCUAUUCUCAUUUUGUUUGGAUUCAUAUUGGCCAAUCAUCAUCAAUUACCAUGAAUAAUAGAUAUUUUGAUGCUCACCUUCAUGAGACUCAUUUUAAAGACAGUCUUUAUUCGUUGAUCUCUUAUUAUGAUUAUUUCAGCAAUAUAUUAUGGUCUCGGUGGCGAUGUCGUUUCGAAAUGCUAUACAUGUUAUAUAAUCUUCGCCCAGAAUUUGAAAAUCAAACUUUUAAACGUUACCGUAAAUUGAAACUUGAUAGAAAUGUAUCUCAGAUAUUGAAACUCAAACAAUUUCAAAUAAUCAACAAUUUUAUCCGUAACUAUCUGAUUGGUAAUCACAUACAAAUACUUCGCCAAAUCAAUAUGAUGCAAAGGAAAUAUAAGCUUCUCUGUUGUUCAUUUUUCACAAUGAAUCUUCCAUAUCAUCAUAUGGAAUUGUUGAAAUCUAUUUCAUUAGCUUAUCGUUCACCUGCUACACGACUGCCCUUGUCAGUAUUGACAGAAUGGUUUUGUCCUAAAACAAUACAAGAUUCCAACGAAAACGUGGAUUAUGUGGAAAAUCUUUUUCGUCAAUACGAAAUUCCAAUUGAAUUAAAUCGUGUCGAUUAUUUCGAUUAUGAUGAAAAGAAUGUCAGCCACAAUGCAGAACAAUUUGUCAUUAUAAAUAAAAAAUUUGCUAACAUUUCUCAAUGGACACAAUCAACACAAAGACCACUUAAAUGGAUUAUUUUCGAUUCAUUACCUGAUUGUUAUAAAAAAAUUUUACAACAAAAUUUCUGAAAAGUUUCAA